AGGCAAUGAGAUGAAAGCCACACUCAUUAACAGCUUUGAGCCACAAACAGCAUCCCCCAUUGUCACGAUCCCGGGACCGAAGCAGGGGCCAACCAAGCACUCGACAAUACUGGCUGCACAACGUCCCAAAAUAACGCGGCAAUGCGGUCAAGGAACUUGUCGUACUGAAGCAUGAGACAGGAAAGCAUCUGCAGACGCCGCAGGCUUCCAAGAUGAUGGAAACCAAGUGGAGCGCAGGCAAACGUCGCGUCUUCCAGUCCGUCUUCCAGACGAACAUCUCACAGCCCACGCCGUAUUCUACGCCGUCACAACACUUCUCUGAGCAGGGUCAAUCUUUUGGGGGCCCCCUGGCCUACACGCCUCAGAAGGGCAUGGACUCCGUUGCUCAGGCGCAUCAGUUUCUCCCGUCCUCCGAGAACCCACACGCCAGUCAUCAAACCCGUUACGAUAGAUCCUGGCAUGUCGUUACGACGCGCGUUGCUCUGCCACCUUCCGUGACAGCUGAGGACUCGUUCGGGUCUCUACCCAACUCCCAAGACGCUGACGAUGGAGUCUUUGAUGACGCCUUGCGGGAUGUCCUCGACCCCGCUUCACGGCUUCCCCUGGCAGCGCACACAGAGGACUUGCUAUCCUGGCAUACGCAGCAAGUGCGGAUGCACUUUGUGAGCCACGUACUGCCCCUACUGGCCGUCUGCAAUAGUUACUCGGAUCAGACGCAAGUCCACCUGGGUAGCAUACGGACGCUGGAGGCAGCGCACAGACAGUAUCUGUACGGCUUGUCUCUAAUAGUGAUGGGGAUGAACCAAGAUGAUGCCGACCGCGCCCUCAGGAAGUUCCGCCGCGACUUGCAUGCUAUUGUGGGAAAUUCGAUGUCGACCUCGCUUACGGCUGCACUGAGGACAGUCUUGGGGCAGCAGAUGAAGAUUGCUCUUGGCAUACCUGUUGGUCCCAAAACACCGAGGCCUGACCCGAACAAGAUGGAGAGAGCAAGACGAGAGUUGUUGUCACUUGUCGAGUCUCUCUGCGAUGUUGGUCUAGCCGGGGAAAGGUUCCAGAUACUGUUCGCCGAACUCUUGAACGACAUGAUGGUCACCUUCGUGCAUUUCUCCUUUGCAGGCAAAUGGGAGCCAAACCAGGACCUGAAUAUGCGAGCAAGCGUGUCUAGCCAUGCACUCGCGCAACCUCGCUGCAUAUGCCAUCUCUCAGAUUGGGUCGAAAACCACUAUUCUAGACUGGCCGUUGAAGUAACCAACCUGCUCGGCAACGUGCAAGUCGCCUGGACUGAUGUCGAAAAAUGGAAGGAAAUUGCCGUUGGUCGGCUAGCUGCCCUCCGAAUCAGCGAGCUGUUUGACAUUGUUAUUAACUGGCCGAACAGCGAAGGCGGCAUGGAAGAUCUCCGCUACGCUAUUACAACGCCUCAGCGGCGGCUACAAUUGACCGACGCCUUCUCAGCGGCUCUGCAGAAACGGUUGUUGCACCCAGGUCGCUCCACCUUGGAUAUCCUGCGCACGUAUAUCGCCAUGAUCAGGACUUUCCAUAAACUAGACCAUUCAAGGGUGCUCCUGGAUCGUGUUGCCUACUCAUUGCAGCUUUACUUAUGUACGAGAGAGGAUACGGUCCGGAUCAUUGUUGCAGGCCUGCUCUCAAGUCGAAAGGAAGCAGACUCGGCCGCGGCACGCAAGACCAAACUCGUUGAGCUGGUGGACUUGUUGUACGAUCCCGACCAGUACCAAACCGAGCGACAAGACGAAGAGUGGGAUGACCUUACUUGGGUACCACCACCGGUAGACGCCGGCUCAAACUACAAACGACGGAAAUCAGAAGAUGUCAUCGGCACGCUCAUUAGUGCGCUAGGUUCACCCGAAGUCUUCAUCAAGGAGUUCCAAAACAUUAUCGGCGAACGUCUUCUGUCGGAACAGGCAGGAUUCGAGCAGGAAGUGGGAGUUCUAGGACUCCUCAAGAAGCGAUUUGGAGAGGCAUCGCUGCAGUCCUGCGACGUGAUGAUCAAGGACAUACAAGACUCGCGGAGACUUGACGGCGUCAUCCACCGCGGUGCUCUGAAUCACCCUGAUAAGGUCAAGCGUGAUUGGACCAUCCACACUAGGAUCCUGUCCCGACUGUUCUGGCCAGAAAUGGGAGAUGAGCGAUUCGUUGUCCCCGCUGGCAUUGUUGAAAUGCAGAAGAUAUACGAGCACAUCUUCGAGCAUCUGAAACCGUCGCGUAAGAUCAAGUGGCUCAACCAACUAGGUCAAGCGACAGUGGAGCUGCAGUUGGAAGACCGUACGGUGUUGGAAGAAGUUCACACGUACGAAGCAGCUGUGAUCAAUUCUUUCAGCGACGAUGCGGCAAAUGGGUGCCGCCCCAGCUGGUCCUUUGACGAGCUUUGGCAACACCUCCAGAUGGACGAAGACCUUCUCACAGCAGCCCUCGAGUUCUGGCAGAAGAAGCGUGUGCUUCGCAAAUUGACGGACGAGACCUACGUCGUCCUUGAGCGUCUCCAAGAUGCAGACCUCGCAUCAUCUACGACACAAGCAUCGGCGUCAAAUGCUGCGAGGAAUGACGCGGCCAUGAGCGCCAACCCCCGCAAGGUAGCCAAGUCCGGAAUAAGCGAAAAGGAGAAGGAGAAACGCCAGGUGUACUGGCAGUUCAUCGUCGGCAUGUUGACCAACUCAAGUCCAGCCAUGCCGCUUGGGCAGAUCGCCAUGAUGCUGAAGAUGCUCAUCGCGGAUGGCUUCCCCUGGAGCAACGAGGAGCUGCAAGAGUUUCUUGGUGAUAAGGUUUCGGAUGGCGAGUUGGAGCUUAUUGGGGGGAAGUACAAGCUGGUGAAGAAGUAGCCGAGACGAAAUGUGCUUGGGGUCGUCCCGGGGUUUCUCGCAAACUGGCCAGGCAUCCCUGUACCGUAGACAUACUUUUUGCGCCAGGACAGCGAGCAAAUUCAACAGCUUUGCAGUCACGGACGCCUUUGUUACCCAUCCAUGGGACUGACGCCCGCCAAGCUUGUGUCAGACCCGAGGCUGACCAUACAUGCCAUGGUAUGGUGAUGCUGUGACGACUGACGACGGGCGGCGAAGCCGCAAAGCUUGAGUCUAUAUGAGGUCUGCAGUCAAACUUUUUGUUCGUCGAGAACGGGCCAGGUUACUGUAGCAGACACAACCUGAUGAUGUACCUGUAUACAUAGGUAGACGAUAUGGAGAAACCAACAAUUCUUAAGCAAU